AUGCCGACCUACAUCGUCGCGCCCUGCAGCGUCGCCGACGGCGCGGCGCUGAGCCGCAACAACAUCUCGGCGUUCUGGCGGGACCCGAACUGGGUCCUGUCGUGGCGGCACAAGACGCUGGAGCAGCACGUCGCCGAGGUCGCCAAGCGGUACCCGCGGAACCUGCUGCGGGACCGCGCGGCCCAGCGCCACCAGAAGGCCGUCGACCCGGCCACCGGCCGCCUGGCCGGCUACGCCCGCUGGGUGCUGCCGCCGUCGCACGCCGGGUUCGCGACGUGGCCCGAGGCCGUGGUCCCCGCGGUCACGGAGGCGGAGGAGGCCGAGAUCGAGCGGGUCGCCGCGACCGCGGUGUGGGACCCGAAUCCCGAGUCCGACGUCCUGGUGGAGCCUAUAAGCAAGAUCAAGAAGGAGAUCCUGGGCCGGAAGCCCUAUCUGCGUCUGGACUACAUGGCCGUCCACCCCGAAAACCAGGGCAAGGGGAUCGCGACCACCUUGGUGGAGAGCGGCAUGGAACAGGCGGACAUGCUUGGGUUGGACAUAUUCGUCCUUGCUUUCCAGGCGGGGAGAGGGGUUUACAAGCGGCUCGGGUUCCGCAUCGAGCAGGAGCUGGUCCAGGAUGAUUCGAUGUAUGGCGGCACUGGCGAGUACGCUGUCUACUUCAUGAUAUACGAACACAAGUCUAGUGGCCCGUAA